AGGCUAUAUAAAUGAUCUCAGCGAGAGGCACCAGCGCCAUUCUUCUGCUCUCACUGCUGCUAAGGAAGGUCCCAGAGCGCAGGCAGUCAUGCCUGCUGCCAGCUCUACGGAAUGAGGAACCAUGGCCUGGGCUGCAGUCUCCAAGUGCAUUCGAACUUUGACACCUUUUUUUUUUUUGGUCCCGCUGUGCUGUUCAUGCGCAUCUCUCACGUCCCUCCACUACACCCUGGGCACUUUGCCCUGGCACUUUAACAGCAGAUCAGAACACCCGGGGCCUGCUCAUCUGGAUCCACACACUGUCCCUUUGUUUCGAGGCAGAUUUCAUGAUGUAACCCUAAACAAGGCUGAGCCGGGAAUCGACGGUGCUUCUCUUUGCUACAGCUUCACUGUCGGCAGGUCAGAGUCUGGACAAUGGAGUUCCGAAGUCAUAGGCCAACUGAACAGAAAGACUAUUCUUCUCUAUAGCAAUAACAAGUGCCAUGUCUUUGGUGUUUGGGGGAACAGACCGAAUCUCAGAAAUAUCUGUGAAACACAGGUUGAGGCUCUGAGAGAUGCAGUUGACUUGAUCAGAGAGCUGAACCUUCACAUUGGGCAGGAAACUAAUACAAUCAGAAAGCCCCUCACUCUGCAGGCCAACAUGUGCUGCCAGGGUAGAAAAGACGGAUAUCUCCAUGGAUCCUGGGACAUUGGAAUCAAUAAAAGCAAUGUGUUGCAUGGUGUCUCUGGUAAGGGGACUGAAGUCAAUUCUGGAGCCAGCUGGAUAAAAAGGCUAUUGGAGAAAAACAGGCAUGUAAUUCACUUAUUUAACAAGAUGUCACGAGGGGACUGCAGGACCUGGCUGGACGAGUUCAAGGUGCACGGGGAAGAAAAUUGGGAGCACACAGCCUCGCCACCCACUACUGCAGAUGUGGACCAGCCUUUGUCCAUGGCAUUCAUGACCAACCCUUCUGUCCUGUUGAUAAUCCUCAUCUGCUUCCUCCUGCAUGUUUUCUGAGGAGAAUCCUCUACAAUGACAGGUUGAAGAUGCUCACGGGAAAGCCAUGAAAAUUCAACUGCUGCAGCCUCUCUCCCUAUUCGUCAGCCUCAACCAGACAAAUCGUCAUGCUGUUGAUAUAGCAUUUCAUGUUCUUUCCACUCUGUGCUAGUCACUUUGGGUCCUUUCUUAUCACAUGGUACUUUUUAUCUUAGUGCUUCCUGGUGGGAGUUUUCUCUUAACAUAGAACUAUAUGAACUGGAGAUCUGAAAAAACAAAACAAACAAACAAACAAAAAAAAAAAAAAAAAAAAAAAAAAAAAACACCAACAACAGGUACCCAAGCACAGGAAACAGGAUAUCCAGAUCUUGUAGGCAUAACUUUAUUGUGUGUUUCAAAUGCUGAUUUCUGUAUACCCUCUCCUCCAUGUCUGGUUGUAAUUCUUGUUCUGAGAUUCUCCUGUCUGAAUGCAGUAUAAAGACUGCUCCCAAUUGUAUCCUAAUAUGUCAAUAAAGCAGCUUACAGCCAAUAGCUGAGCAGUGGGGAGAAUAGGGCUGAACUUUCUGUCAGCCAGGGGAGGAGGAUUCAGAGGAGGAAGUAGGGGACUGAACAGUGGAAGAAGCCCAGGAGACAUCAAGAUAGAGAACUGGGAUAUAAAAAGCUACAAAGUACAAAUAUCUCUGGGAUGUAUGCUGGGAGGAAGCCAAAUUAGCUUAGAGGGUGAAGAAUAAAUUAACUGCUCAGCUCUUGUGCUGUGAAGCUUGUUAAAAUAGUAUAA